AUUAAUCACAAUUAAUUUUUAAAAUCUCUUGACAGUCCUAUUUUAUGUUAUUUAUUACAGAUUUUAUAAUAGAUCAAUUUUUUGUUUACCACUAUGUUAUCAGCUUGUAAAUUGAUUUUAUUACUUGGAAGUUCUCCUUUUCCUGAUAAUGCACAAGUAAAUAACUGAAUGAGUGUGUAUCUUCGAGAAUCUUACAAAAUACCGUUCAUUAUGAUUAACUGCUUCUUUUGGAUUUUAUUUAAAAAUUAACAAUGGUUAUUUAGAUUUGUGAUGCAUUAUAACCCAUAUAAGUACUUCCUUUUUAUGAGUCAUUUCCAGUUUUUGGUUUUCAGAUUCCAUUUCGGUUUCUUUUUCAAUAGUAAUGGAUUCUGGAACAUGGAAAAUAAUGCAGUGGUUUUAUAACCUUUAAAAAAGAAUUACGGUGACUUAUUUUUAUACCUCCAUUUCCACAGAAAGUCAACAAGUAACUACUAAGAGUGAGAGAUCCUGUGCUCAGAGAACUAAGAAUUGUUUUAGGAAGAAAUAGUUACAGAAUGUAUCCCGUUUUCCCUAGUAAAUGGAACAGAAUUACAAAGAGGAAAACAUACUACAUAAGAAAAUAAAUAAAAAAUAGUAAAGAGAACAUCUUAAUAUAUUUAUCCUGUUAUUUUUUCCCUUUGGAUGCAGGGAACAUUUUUUGGGUGGUGUGUAGCUAGCCAGCUGCGACUUCGACCAUUUUUGCGAUACACAAUCUGACUGAUUUAAUUUGUGCCGUUAGUAAGCAUGGUAUACAUUGGAAGAUAAUCCUGUAUUUGUGAUAACUUUAUUGGCAUGUGACUGAAAGAACCGAAAAAAAAUUACUGACAUAGUGACUAUAUAUACCCUAACUAUCCACCAGGAGGAGACAGACAGCUGUACAAACUUCUUCCAUUGGGAGAGCGGAGUUAUCAGUCUUCUCGGGUGUUCUCCUGCUAGGAAGAGGAGUCGAUCAGCUGGCCUGUCUUUCCUGUCACCAAGAAUGGAUGAAAGUUGGUGCCAAUACCUUCAACAUGGGGAAGCCGUUCUAAUGUGCUGAAUUAUUUGAGCAUUAAAUGGGUCUGUUCCCGCCUUCUUUGUACAUCCCAAGCUUCUAAUAGACAAAUGUAAAGCAAAACAAAUCGCACAUACACAUUAUAGUGCAUACAAAAAUGCAAAAGGGAAAGAAAGAGAUAGUCACUGUCUCAAAUAAUAUCAAUUUUUUAAAAUGGUGUCAUAUAAAAUAGGUGUAUAUAUCGCCUUAGCCUCUGGUUCUAGUAACAUAGCCCAAGACCAAAACUAUUCUUCAGAUUGUGCUAUAUUUUACCACUAUUUUACUGAUAUUGCCUAAAAUUAUUAUAUAUAUAUACAGCGAAGUAUUUACAAACACCUGUAGUUAAGUUGCCUAAACAUUUGCGUUCUGAAUGGCCUUUUCCAGUUGCUUAUAACCUGCUCAAACUUUUAUCUUUUUAGUUUAAAUUCCAGGUUUAGUCAAAGUAGAGAGCAGCUUUUGAGAGAUGGUUACAACGGAUUAAUUGUUUUUACGUAAAAACAGAGUAAAAUGUAUUAUUUCCCUUAAAUAUGUAACAUUUCUGAAAACAGCUCUAGUGCCUAAAUAAGUGGUCUGUAAAAACUUUAAAUUUAAAGGGGGGCAUAUAUGCUUUUCAGUGAUCUGUUGAAAUGGUUUGAGAUUUGCUGACUUUAAAAAGGGUUGGGAAACGUACUUUGACCGUAUGCACUGGUUGCUGUUUUCUUUCUAAUGAUCUCCCGAUGUUCCGUUCGCAUUGUGUAAAUGUGUGCAUGUAACUGAUCCAUUCUAUUUUAGUAUCCGGUAUCACUUAUGUUCUACUGGCUCCCUACGUGCAUGUGUAAGAAAGUUAAGAAGAAUUUAACAUUUAAUAUGCAAGUGUUUAUGUAAUGUGGUCUGCGAAAGUGUGUGCCGAUAAAGAUCGGGCUGUAAAGGAGCCCUACAUAUUCCCACGUGAAAUCUGAAGCUAUGUAUGUAAUGGGGGUAUAGCCAUACCCCAUUAUGUAUGUUCUGUUAAUCUAUGUAUUGUGUGAGGCAGGACUCCAGAUAAGCCCUAGUUUUAGAGGGUGCACAUAUUGUACAGGCCAAGGCAUUUCAUUUCUGCCUAAAAAUAGAAUGGAAGUUAUUUGUUUUUGUCAAUUUUAUUUUUGAAAAACGUAGGAAAUUCCAUUAAAAACAAUGUUGAAGAACACUAAGAUUGCAAAAGGAAGCACUCAGAAGUCGGGAAAUGCCAACAUUCAGGUUUCUAACACAUCGAUAACUGUGCUCAUUUAUGCAUAUUCAUUAAAAUGCAGUCAUUAAUUAAAUAAUUAGAUUGGUUUCUUCUCCAGUUUAAAAGGUUGUGAAGUGAAUGAGGAAGAAGUCCAGAAAAAAUCGGCUUCACUCUGUGUAGAAUAAUAAUCUGCAGGUAAGGCAGAGAGUAACUGGCAAAAUAAUAAACAUAAAUAUUAAACAGCUCCCAUAUUUACUGAAUGCCAUGUAUCCUCUGCACUGAUGUAAAUACACAUUUAGGCACUUGUGGAAAACCAGCACAAGGGCAAUGCACAAUUUAAGUAAUUUAAGCCUUCAAAAUAAAACUAUGCUUCUAUACACAGAAUUUCACCUUGAAUGAGUUAGUUAAAGAAACCAACCAACCAACCAACCAAUCAAUCAACUAACGAUGUAAUAAAAUAAUAAUAACCGAAUCUACAUGAAUAUUAACAAGGGAGAAGAAUUUGGUAUUUCCUGAGUUUUGAAUGCUUUCCUUCAAAAACCUCCAUGUUCUUUCAAUAUGUUGCGGUCUGUCCGAGUCGGAGAUAACGGUAGCUAUGUAUCUCUGUAAGAUAAAUAUAAGAUAUAGAGAUAUUAAGAUGUAGACGCGUGUGUGUCAGUGGAAGUGCAUUAGACUGUAGUGCAGGAUCAAGUGAUGAAAUCUUUAAAGAUCUGAAAGGGAAAAGAUUAAAACAUCUUUCUAUAGGUAAGGAACCCCAGACUUCUUUUGGUGGUUCAGCUAUAGAGGCAAAAUUAGAAAAUUUCCGUCUGUUGCCAAAUAUUAUCUCCUAUCAUGAGCACGGAACGACAUAACGUUCGAAGGCAUAUCUUCCCUGAUAGCUCGGCGGGCGGAGAGAAAGGGGGAGGAAGAGAAGAUGAAAAAACCGUAUGCUUGAACUCUCUGGAUUAAAGAAGACGUAGUUUGGAAGAUAUAAACUACAGAAGGGUCUGAGACACAAGAUGUCGCUGUCGGCUAAAAAGACACGUAAACAGGAGAAAACAUACAGCUCCUCCUUCAGAAGCUCUGAAAAUCCUGCCUUUCAGCGCAUCAGGCAGACUCCCGGAUGUAAUAACUGCAUUUAAUAAAACGGUUUUCAAACCUGCAACGCAUCCUCCUCAUUCCCUGGAUUCUGCGCGUUCGCUCAGUGAAAACACUGAUUUCUAAGGAGUCCGCAAUGGCUCUUCUCCGGCGAGACUCCCUGGUAACCAGGCAGCUGCUGCGGUUGGUUCUGUUACACACGGCCUGGGAGGUGGGCAGCGGCCAGGUCCGUUAUUCCGUGCCGGAGGAAUCCAAACACGGCACCUUUGUGGGCCGCCUGGCCCAGGACCUGGGGCUGGAGGUGGCGGAGCUGGUGCCUCGGAUGUUCCGGUUGGUCUCCAACGGCAGGAGAGACUAUUUUGAGGUAAAUUUGCAGAACGGCGUUUUGUUUGUUAAUUCACGAGUAGACAGGGAAGAGCUGUGCGGCCAGAGCCCCCUGUGCGCCAUUGACCUGGAGGUGAUAGUGGACAAACCCCUGAGGAUAUUUCACGUGGAAGUGGAGGUACAGGAUAUAAACGACAAUGCUCCUGUUUUCUCGGUAAAUAAACAAAACCUGAGGAUAGCAGAAUCACUAACUCUUCCAGGUUCGCGUUUCCCACUAGAGGGCGCGUCUGACGCAGAUAUUGGUACAAACUCAUUGCUAACCUAUAAACUCAGCUCAAGUGAACAUUUCACUCUAGACUUGCAAAAGAACCACGAACACAGUGACGGUUUAGUCCUUGUAUUAAAGAAAUCCCUCAACAGAGAGGAAACGCCCGUGCAUUAUUUAUUACUCAUCUCAACUGAUGGGGGCAAACCGGAGCUCACCGGCACAGUUCAGCUGGUGAUCACGGUGCUGGAUGUGAAUGAUAACGCGCCUGUAUUUAAUCAGUCCGUUUAUAAGAUCCGAUUGUUCGAAAAUGCAGCUAAUGGGACC